UCAGAACAGUACUGACAAACUAGAGUAUAAAAUACCUCGAUGUGGUAUAUGACCGGUACAACGUGAUGGAGGUUCCAUCCAGCACGAUGUCUGGCUCCUCCUAUUCAUCUGGAGCUUACCCUCCAAACGGAGAGGGGCUACAAAACGGACAACUCGCUUACCAUGAGCAACAUCACGCACAUCAACAGCAGAACACGCAGUACAACCACCAGCAGUAUUCACAACACAGCAUACAGCAACAGCAGCAGCAGCAGCAAUCGAGUCACAAUCAUCAACAAUCACAGUCAUCGGAUCAAAAUGCCCAUCAAAAUCAGCGUCCACCUCUUGAACAGGCACACCAAGUGCAGUACUCAACUUUGAUGCCGAAUGAGUUGGCGUCAACAAGCUUCAGCGGUCCUCUUUCAGAUACUCUGUCAGCGAAAUCCUUAACGCGCGAAGUCCAGCAAGAUGUUGUCAAUCUGAAAGAGUUCAUGCAGGUUGCCAGACUG